AUGAGGACGCAGAGCGUGCGCGCGGCGGCGCUCACCGUGUGCAUCCUGUCCUACCUGCUGGUGGGCGCCGCGGUAUUCGACGCGCUCGAGUCGGAGGCGGAGAGCGGCCGCCGGCGGCUGCUGGCCCAGAAGCGGGGCGAGUUCCGCCGAAAGUACGGCUUCUCGGCCGAGGACUACCGCGAGCUGGAGCGCCUGGCGCGGCAGGCCGAGCCGCACCGCGCCGGCCGCCAGUGGCAGUUCGCGGGCUCCUUCUACUUCGCCAUCACCGUCAUCACGACCAUCGGCUACGGCCACGCUGCGCCAGGCACGGACUCGGGCAAGGUCUUCUGCAUGUUCUACGCGCUGCUGGGCAUCCCGCUGACGCUUGUCACCUUCCAGAGCCUGGGCGAGCGGCUGAACACACAGGUGCAGCGCGUCCUGCUGGCGGCCAAGCGCUGCCUGGGCCUGCGGCGGGAGCACGUCUCGGCGGAGACCGUGGCGGCAGCCGGGCUGCUGGUGUGCGUCGCCACCCUGGCUCUCGGCGCCGCCGCCUUCGCGCACUUCGAGGGCUGGACCUUCUUUCACGCCUACUACUACUGCUUCAUCACCCUCACCACCAUCGGCUUCGGAGACUUCGUGGCGCUGCAGAGCGACGAGGCGCUACAGAGGAAGCUGCCCUACGUGGCUUUCAGCUUCUUCUACAUCCUCCUGGGGCUCACGGUCAUCGGCGCCUUCCUCAACCUCGUGGUCCUGCGCUUCCUCGCCGCCAGCACCGAUGCCCCCGAGCGUGCUGCCCGCCGUGCUGGCCCGCUCCGUCUGGGGGCGCCCGCGAGCCGGCCCCGCUGCCCAGCCCGCGCCAGAGGCUCCCGCUGCGUCCACCAGCUAGAGACGGGGGCCUGCGACAACCCGAGCUUCUCGCCCCCCUUGAGUCCUGGGGCCAAGCGUGGCAGCCGGGCAGACAGACCCCGGGCCAGGCGAAAGUCCGUCUGAUGGCCUGACCCAGGCUGAUCUCACACCCAGUGCGGAGGGUCUGACUUCAGCCAUCAGUGCGCCUCCCACUGAUGGGGAGAGGGGUGACAGGCCAUGGCAGUCCCCUUGCUUCUCUCCGGGGACGCAUUACAGUUGCAUCAUAAGCAAAAGCCGGACCCUACAGUCGCCCGGUGGGUGUAGGUCCCUUGUAGUCCAAGCUGUAAGAGAGCAUGGCCCCAUCAGCACUUGGGGAGGGGGCACAGCACAAGCUGCAUCAGAGCAGACAUGGGUGGCCAUUGUGUUCCGUUGUGAGGAGGCCAGUUUUCUGCUGUCCGGCCACUGCACACCUCCCAACAGAAUCCUUGCUGGGGGAGCACAGGGCGAGAGAUGGGUGGAGGGGCACUGUGGUGUAUCCAGCAAGUGGGCUGGUCUCGGCUCUGCAUGGACCGCUGCCUCUCAUCCCCCUGGCCCAACAUGAGGGGCAGAACUGGCCCAGGUGUGAGUGACCCCCGCCCCACCCCGGAAAGCUGAAGCUCCUUUUCCCUGGCCGCACUGGCUUUGCCACGAGGGCGCCCUGCAGGCACGGAUCUCACUGACGCCCCCUGGGUGCUGGGGGAUGAGCUGACUUCUGGUUCCUACCAUCACCUGCGUCCUCUGGCCUCAGUUUCCCCAUCUGUAAGAUGACCGAGUUCAUCCAGCACCCUGGCCUCUCUGGGCAGGCCCCUGCGGGUCAUCCCAGCAGCACUCAGCUGCCUAGGCAGAACUAUUUCCACAUGAAGGAAGAGCAAGCCAAGUUAGAAAAGCCAAAAACUUUAAUUUUCAACAUGAGCUACAUGGGCAUGAACACAAUGCAGUGUGACCCACUCCAGCCCAGGGGUCCCAGAAACCCUCCCCCCCCAAGGCCUGGGUGGCACCUGCUCCUGGAGCUGGCGUGUGGGGAAGGUGGGGGCUGGAGACGCCCCAGCCUGAGGACCCAGGCUCUUGCCUUCCUGCCCGCCCUCCAGGGGACAGUCGUGGAGUGAAAGGGCUUCAGAGGCAGUGUCCGUGGCCCCGGGUACAAGUCUCCACUCUGUCCUCCCAGGAUGCUGGGUGCGGGUCCGAGCCAGGUGAGCUCGUGGACGGGCACACUUUCUGUCCACACUCUUGGCAGACACAGGCCCCUCAGAGGCCUGGGGGUCACUACAGGGGGACUGGGCCUGGCACAGCAGUGCUACUCAAUAAAUAAACGCAGGUGACCUUGC